CGCGGGAGUGGAUUUGUGUCUUAAACUUCUGAAUACCUGAUACAGUAUCUGGACUUGACGGCCCAACUUCGUCGAGAAGCGCAGCCUAAGCCUUUGCCAGUUUUGGGUGGUUUUCUCUUUCGUUCAUCCGAACAUAGUCACUGAUAAUCAGUUUCAACAUCUGCAACUGCCUGAGACCCACGACGUCGGCAGAGCCAUCCGCGGCAAUAUAACGAAGCGCAUCGCAUCGCAUCCGCUUGGCUCAUCCAGUUGUCGCCAUGGUGGUCGACACCGCGUACUACGACAUCCUUGGUGUCAAACCGACGGCCACCGAGCUUGAGAUCAAAAAGGCUUACCGGAAACUUGCCAUCAUCCAUCAUCCUGACAAGAACCCCAACGAUCCCUCGGCGCACACCAAGUUUCAGGAAAUUGGCGAGGCCUACCAAGUAUUGUCCAACGAAGACCUGCGGAAGGCCUACGACAAGUAUGGAAAGGAAUCGGCUCGCCCAUCCGAGGGCUUCAUCGACCCGGCCGAAUUUUUUACGAGCAUCUUUGGCGGGGAGGCCUUUAUCGACUGGAUCGGCGAGAUUAGUUUGAUGAAGGAUCUAACGGCCACUAUGGACAUCGCCAUGGCCGGCGUUGAGGAAGAGGAGGAGGGAGUAGCAGGUAUUGCGGACAAGCCAGGGUCGCACUCGCACCACGACGGCGAGUUUCCUGGCACCGAUGAGGCGAUCAAGGAGAGCCUAAAGACCGCGGGGAGUAGCAGUUCUGCGCGGGCGUCAAGCGAAAAGAAGCCGGUUCCAGCAGUAGUAGUCGAGGACGAAAGGAAGGCAUCGUCAGAAAAUCCCGGCACCGCUUCAGCUCCCUACACAAAAUCCCCGUCUCCUGGCCCUGGCUCCGGCGCGUCGACCCCCCGGAACGGGCGCACCACCCAGAUUCCCAUCCGGCCGGCGCUGAUGGACAGGCCGUCGGACGAGGCGGCGCAUGAGGAGGCAACGGUGGCCGGGUCGGAAGGGAAGCGGAAGGAUAAGAAGUCCAAGUCGGGACUGACCAAGGAGCAGCGGGAGCAGCUGGCGGCGUACGAGAAGGAGCGGGCGCGGGUGCGGCAGGAGCGCGUCGACACGCUCGCCCGAAAGCUGCUCGACCGCAUCUCCGUGUGGACCGAGACGGACAAGGGCAAGGACGUGACGGCGGCGUUCCAGGAAAAGACACGGCUCGAGGUGGAGGAUCUCAAGAUGGAGUCGUUUGGCAUCGACAUUUUGCACGCCAUCGGCGCCACGUACGUGUCCAAGGGCACGACGCUGCUGCGCAGCCAAAAGUUCUUUGGCAUGGGCGGUUUCCUGAGCAAGAUGCGCGACAAGGGCACGCUGGUCAAGGACACGUGGAAUACCAUCAGCAGCGCCAUCGACGCGCAGCAGACCAUGGAGGAGAUGGCCCGCCUCGACCAGCAGGGCGGCGAGGACUGGACCGAGGAGAAGAAGGCCGAGUACGAGCGCCGCGUGACGGGCAAGAUCCUCACGGCCGCCUGGAGAGGCAGCAAGUUCGAGAUCCAGAGCGUGCUGCGCGACGUGUGCGAUGCCGUCCUCAACGACAAGAAGGUGCCGCUGGCCAAGCGGCUCGAGAGGGCCCAGGCGCUCAUCCUCAUCGGCGAAAUUUGCUCAAACGCCAAGCGAAGCCCUGAGGAAGAGGGUGACUACAUGGCGUUUGAGCAGCUUGUCGCCGAGGCAGCCAUGAAGAAGGAAAAGGAAAAAGAGAAGGAGAAGGAGUCCAAGAAGAAGGGCAAGGACAAGAAGGAGAAGAACGGUGACGCGAGCAAGUACGGCGACAAAUCCUGGUCCUCGGCGGCUACGGCCACGGCCAACGAUGCGCCCAAUGUGCCCAAGGGCUCGUCAUAGGAUACCCAGGUUCUGCUAUCAUCUUACAUACUGCUGUAGGGUUGAACCUGUCCAGAUUCAAUGUGUGCCUGAGAAGCAUUCUCCUGGCUUGGCGGUACGAGAAAGAAGGGGUGUAGGGAUGGCUUGUCUGAUAGAGGAGACUGUGCCUUUGAUAUUGUUGGGAACGGAGGGAACCGCACGCAUGGAUACACGCACAAGAUGAUGGACUGGGUCUUUUUGGCUCUGCUUGGCCUUCGCUGCCUUAUACCUCCUCUCAUUUCCUCACGCUAGGCGCCUGGUUGUCAUUUUGGAACCCUUGCGCGCAGCGACAGACCGGCACACUUGGCAUUUGUUCUUUUUGAGGCAUUCGGUUAUAGAAUAUAGCCCUUUAUAAUCUCUUGCAUGCGGAAUAGACUGGUCAAAGUAGGACGAAUCAUAAUCGAUGACUGAG